GGCGGAUGUUAUCGGCGUGGCACACUGUCGGGGGCGGGGUUGAGGGGUCGGACAGGAAAAGAAAAAGGCGAGGACGUCUGUAACGAAAACGGCCUACUGAUUUGUAUGAAUUUGGGAUCUACCGUCCCACAACUGUCCUAGAGUCUGUUUGGGCUAUUUCUUUCUCAACAAGCUGACCGAUAUAAAAGAUGGCUGCGAUCCGUAAGAAACUGGUGAUUGUUGGUGAUGGUGCUUGUGGAAAGACCUGUCUGCUCAUAGUCUUCAGUAAAGACCAGUUCCCUGAGGUCUACGUACCUACAGUGUUUGAGAACUAUGUGGCAGAUAUUGAGGUGGACAGUAAGCAGGUGGAACUGGCCCUCUGGGACACAGCUGGACAGGAGGACUAUGACAGACUACGGCCUCUCUCUUACCCUGACACUGACGUCAUCCUCAUGUGCUUUUCCAUAGAUAGCCCCGACAGCUUGGAGAAUAUCCCAGAGAAGUGGACCCCUGAAGUAAAACACUUCUGUCCAAAUGUACCCAUCAUUCUUGUGGGUAAUAAGAAGGACCUGCGGAAUGACGAGCACACACGUCGGGAGCUAGCAAAAAUGAAGCAGGAACCAGUGAAGCCAGAAGAGGCCCGGGACAUGGCUAACCGCAUCAAUGCGUUUGGCUACUUGGAGUGCUCAGCCAAGACGAAAGACGGUGUGAGGGAGGUGUUUGAGAUGGCCACCAGGGCCGCGCUGCAGGCCAAGAAACGUGGAAAGAAGAAUGCCUGCCUCCUGCUAUAGAGAGCUGGGGAAAGACGGGAGCGGGUAGGAAGGGGGAAACAAAUUGGGCCGAGGAAAACGCUGCACCCCUCUCCUAAGUCUGCCUCGAAGGGUGGGGUGAGUUUCAAGGGGUGUGCGAGGGAGAAUAACACAAUUAAACUAGGCCAAAGGAAAUGGAGACGGUGAAGGUCAAAUGUAACGAAAAGGGGAGUUUACAUUUAAGGCCAAGGUGAUUGCCAAUUGUUUUUUUUUUUUUUUUUUUUUAAAUAAGAUAAUCAUAUGAUUUAAGGUUUUUUAAAUUGGGUCUUGGACAAGUAGAAGGGUAAAGAAAAAACAUCUCUCUGGUAAACUUGUCAGGGUGGUGUACUCUGAGGGACGGGAUAAAAUUGGUGUUCAUGAUAGGUUGUUCACCACAGCGCUAUUGCCCUGGUUCAUAGAGCUGAGCAUUGUCAGAGAAAAAGGGGGUUUCGUUGCAUCAUGGUGCAUGUUCUCCCAACUCUGACCUCCCUGGCUUGCAGUGUGUGUCUGCGCUUGUCUUUAAUUUCUGUCCAGCCAUACCAUAGGUGUUUAUUUUCUUUGUUCUCCCAAUGGAUAGACUAACCCUAUCUUUGCGCGGACCAGCAUCUCCUUCUAUGGUAUCAUAAUCUUGCGUGGACCAGCACCUAUGAUAUAAUUGGUCCAAUUGUAUAGUUAAUUUGAUACAAGCAAUUUUGAUUUUAAAUGGCUACAUUUUUAUUUGCUUUUGACUAUAAAAUUCAUAUUAAAAUGCAUACAAUAAUAUUGAUACUAACAGAUUUUUGUACGCCUGUUUAUGUAUUGUAAUGAAAAAUAAUUUUAGGAUUUUGUUUUAUCAUUAGUUGGCCUCAAGCCAGAUAAAUAAUCUACAUUUGAUGAGGACUGUCAGACACUGUUUGGUUUGAAAGGGGGGGGGGGGUAACUUUUUAUUAAGUGAUAAAGGUUUUGCAAAUUUGGUAUUUUCCUCUUGUAGAUUGUUUUUGCCUGCAUGCCAGGCUAUUAUUGGAAGUGGGUUUUUAAUGUGACCUAUUGCUCACUCCCUCCAGUCCGUCUUUCUAAAACUGUAUGUCUUCCCUUUUUUUCCCUCUUGUAUUGUAUGUUUAACCAACCUUGUGAGAGUCUACUGGCUUAUCCUGUAUCAGUUGUGCAUAUUUAGCAAAAAUUAGUAACUUUAGGAUGAGAGUUUAAAAAAUAACAUGUAAAAUGCUUAGUAAUCCAUGAAAAAGAUUAUGACAAGAUGUCAUACUGUUAAACACAAGUCAUUUCUUUAAAUAAUAUCUUAGUCAUUUGUGAUGGGGGUCUUUUGUAUAAAAUGCACCCUCACAUUUCCUCAGUCCUCUUUUUAAAAGUACUCUUAAGAAAAUAAAUUGUUAUAGGAAA